ACGACAAGAUGGCUGUCGGGAGUAAGCUGAAGCCAGCAGCGACCAGCACGGCGGCAUCCUACACGUAUACAGGAGGAUAGCCGGGGCUCAGGACUCCUGUUUUCAUACCGCUGGGAUACCGUUAGACCGAUAUAUGGACAGAAAUGGGGUCUCAGACUUUACAAAUCCUGAGACAGGGAGUCUGGGCUUCAAUCACUGGCGGAUGGUAUUAUGAUCCUCAUCAAAAUACAUUUGUGAAUGCUUUCCAUCUCUACAUCUGGCUCUUCCUCCUUUGUUUCCCAUUCACACUGUAUAUGGCUCUUCCAUCAAGCAUGAUAAUUGUAGGGAGCUACAGUGCUGUUAUAGCAGCAGUGUUUAUUGUCCUUAAAACAGUGAAUUAUCGGUUGCACCAUGCUUUAGAUGAAGGAGAGAUUGUGGAUCAAACCAGCAGUGAGACAACUGACAGACAUGCAAAAACUGAGCAACAGGAUAGAUCGUCAAGGAGAGCCGACAGCAAUGGACCAGGUGACCCAGGAGGUGGAAUAGAGAUGACCGAAUUUGUACGGGAAGCUACUCCUCCAGUUGGCUGCAGCUCACGCAAUUCCUACGCCGGUGUAGACAGCAACCACCAGGUUAUGCAGCCUCACACUGGAGCAACAUUAAGUAUGAAAGGAGAUGAAGAAACUGCAAAAACUUCUGAAGAUGUUAGUUUGACCCUGGGUCAGAGCUGCAGUUUGUACAAAGAUGCGAAUGAUGAACAAGAUCUGGCACUUGAUUCCAAACUUUUCCAAGUAGUGCCGAAUGAUUCUUUCGUAUCAAACAACACGCUAACAUCUUCAGGUGCUCAAGACUUUCCAGUGGAUCCAAAUGACAACAUGUGCUACCACCACACUGAGCAUUCAUUGUCAGCUACCUGUGACACAGAAGCAGCCUCCCUUGUACCCUUGCAUUCCCUGUCUUACAGGAAAGACCAUAGGCCUAGGGGUGUGCCAAGGACUUCAAGUUCAGCAGUGGCUUUUCCAGACACCUCUCUCAGUGAUUUUGCUCUCUUUCAACAAAGGAGAGGAUUAGAUACUGUCUGUGAAUUAGAAAGUUCCAAACCACUUUCAGGAUCCAAGGACUCGUUGACUGAAAACUCUUGUUGUGCUGGUGUCUUUCAGCUAGAUGACUUAGCCAAAAGUGGUGCUUCCCAGCCAUCAUCCAAAUCGGAAGUCAGUAAGCCUCUAAAAACCGAUAACAGCGUUGAUAGUUUGCAGAGUCUCAGCACCAGAAGUAGUGGGUCAACAGAAAGCUAUUGUAGUGGGACAGAUCGAGACACUAAUAGUACCAUCAGCAGUUAUAAGAGUGAGCAAACAAGCUCAACCCAUGUGGAGAGCAUUCUUUCAGAACAAGCAGAAACCUCAGCUGAUGAGCACAGCUCCGAGAAAAAGAUUUGUGAGAAAAACGGGUAUAGUAGUGAACCAGAAAGCACCAGCAAAUUGGAAAAAAGGACUAAUGCCAAAAGGAUAAAUUUACAUGCUGCAGGCAAAGAUGAAAGUUGCAGUCAAGAUCUUGGUCAGGCUUCUGAUCAGAUGCAGACUUCUGGCCCAGUGGAAACUGAAGAGAAUCUCAAUGGGUCAGGUGAUGCCAACAAAAACCCUCAUGCUAAUGAAUUGACUAUAGAUAUACGGAAACAGCAAGGUGCGCCGCUUAAAGAGGCAAUGACUGAGCAAGCAGGAGAAGAGGUUGUUGAAAAGCCUUCUUUCUCAAUUGAUAUACAAACACUAAAGGAUGAAACUGUUAAACAAAAAGAUGGGGAUGUGAGGCCUAAGUCUAUUAAUUUUAUUCACCGAGCUGCUUCUACACAUAAGUCAAACCGAAGAAAGGCGGGAAAAAAAAGAGCCAGCAGUUUUGAUUCAAGCCGGCAUAGGGAGUAUGUGUCCUUUCGUGCCGUGGCUGGUGUCAAAACUAGCAAUAGCGGUUUUUGUCCAGAUGAGGACUCAAGUGAUCAAAGUGACCUGAGCAGGACCUCCAGCAUGCAUUCAGCACAUCGUUUUAGUUCAGAUAGCUCAUCCAGCACCACCUCGCAUUCAUGUCAUUCUCCUGAAGGGCGAUAUCAUGUCUUAAAAGCAAAGUACUUGACUCGAGAAAGAGGCACUGACUCUGAGGCUGCAUUAAAGGUUCACGCUGGUUCAGAAAACUGUGCAAAUGCCAGGAGAAGAUCAACACGCAGGACUCUUAGUGCAGCCAGUGCCAAGACUCAUGCAAGAGUCCUGAGCUUGGAUAGUGGCACAGCGGCCUGUUUAAGUGACCCUAGCAGACUAGGCACACCAGAUAAAGCAAGGCCUUUAACAACAUCUAAAUCAGACUUGGAAGCCAAGGAGGGAGAGGUAAUAGAUGAGCUCAGUCUUAUCGGCAGAGCUUCACAACUAGAAUCAGUAACUCGUUCAAGAAAUAGUUUGCCUAGUCAAGUAACUUUUCCUGAAGCAGAAGACCAAGGAGCGACCAGUGGAGCCCAAACCACUGAUGAGACAGUUACUUUUCGUCGCGAACGCAGUACGUUCAGGCGGCAAGCCGUUCGACGGCGGCACAAUGCAGGGAGUAAUCCUACCCCUCCAGCCUCGCUCAUUGGAUCACCUCGCAGCCUUCAAGAUAGUCAGCAGGGUCAGCCAGCUACUUCUCAGAUCAAAAUACAGUCCCGUCCCCCGUCACAAGCUGCUGUACUUAGUGCUAGCGCCUCCCUACUGGUCAGGAAUGGAAGUGUCCAUCUGGAAGCAUCACAUGACAAUGCCUCUACUGUUGGUGGCUGCAGCUUACAGGAUGGGUUUGGCAAAUUAUAUGAAACAGGGGGCUGUGACAUGUCACUUGUGAACUUUGAAACUGCUGCAAGAAGGACAUCAAACAAUAUUUGGGAUACAGAUUCCCAUCUAUCAAGUUCUACCUCAGUUAGAUUUUAUCCACAUGAUCUAUUGUCUCUUCCACAGAUUCGACUGAACAGGUUGUUGACAAUUGAUCCUGAUCUCCUGGAACAACAGGACACUGAUCUCAGCCCAGAUCUACAAGAUCACAUCCAGCCACAAGAGGAUGCCCAGAAAAUCAAGCAUUACUACAGGUUCUGGAUCCUUCCCAAAAUAUGGAUUGGAGUGAACUUUGACCGCCUAACGCUAUUAGCAUUGUUUGAUAGGAAUCGGGAAAUUAUGGAGAAUGUUUUGGCCAUUGUUUUGGCAAUUCUUGUUGCCUUCCUUGGAUCUGUUUUGUUGAUAGAUGGGUUCUUUAAAGACAUUUGGGUCUUCCAGUUUUGUCUUGUUAUUGCCAGCUGCCAGUAUUCUCUUCUGAAGAGUGUGCAGCCUGAUUCCUCCUCUCCAAGACACGGGCAUAAUCGCAUUAUAGCCUACAGUAGGCCGGUCUAUUUCUGCGUGUGCUGUAGCCUGAUCUGGCUGUUGAAUUACGGGAGUAAACAUACAUCAACAGCAAGAUUUAAGAUGUACGGAGUGGCUUUUACUAGCCCUUCACUUUUGACUUCUGCCAGAGAUCUUGUCAUGGCAUUUACAUUGUGUUUCCCAAUCAUAUUCUUCAUUGGAUUGCUUCCACAAGUGAAUACAUUUGUGAUGUACCUUUGUGAGCAAUUUGAUAUCCACGUGUUUGGUGGAAAUGCUACCACAAACCUCCUUGCAGCACUUUACAGUUUCAUUCGUAGUAUCUUGGCAGUAGUUUUGUUAUACGGGCUGUGCUAUGGUGCCCUGAGGGAUUCCUGGGAUGCACAACAUAUUCCAGUUCUUUUCUCGGUCUUUUGUGGCCUCCUAGUUGCUGUCUCCUAUCAUCUGAGCAGACAAAGCAGUGAUCCUUGUGUACUGAUGUCUUUAGUGAAGUCAAAAAUCUUCCCAACUACUGAUGAUAAGAAUCCUGAAGAUCCUCUAGCAGAAGUAAAAGAUCCUUUACCAGAAAAGCUGAAGCAGUCUGUUAGUGAACGUUUACAAUCCGAUCUGAUAGUUUGCAUAGUCAUUGCCAUCUUAUACUUUGCAAUCCAUGUCAGCACAGUCUUCAUUGCCCUGCAGCCUGUCCUCAGCUAUGUGCUGUAUACCCUGAUAGGUGCAGUAGGAUUUCUAACGCAUUACUUGCUGCCUCAGCUCAGAAAACAACUCCCUUGGCAUUGUUUCUCUCAUCCACUGCUGAAAACCAAGGAGUACUAUCAGUUUGAAGUGAGAAAUGCUGCACAUGUCAUGUGGUUUGAAAAGAUGUACGUUUGGCUGCUCUUUGUGGAAAAGAACAUUAUUUACCCAUUGAUUGUUCUCAAUGAAUUGAGCAGCAGUGCUAAGAUGAUAGCUAGCCCAAAGAAACUGGACGCAGAGUUUGGUGCUUUAAUGAUCACAGUCGCAGGGAUGAAAUUGCUCCGAUCUUCUUACAGCAGUCCUACAUAUCAAUAUGUAACUGUUGUUUUCACUGUACUGUUCUUCACUUUUGAUUACAAAUCCUUUUCAGAGACUCUGCUUUUGGACCUUUUCUUCAUGUCUAUACUGUUCAGUAAGUUAUGGGAACUUUUCUACAAACUGAGAUUUGUCUACACUUACAUUGCUCCUUGGCAAAUCACGUGGGGAUCAGCGUUCCAUGCUUUUGCUCAACCUUUUGCUGUACCUCAUUCAGCCAUGUUAUUCGUCCAGGCAGUGGUAUCCGCUUUAUUCUCAACUCCUUUAAACCCAUUCCUUGGAAGUGCAAUAUUCAUUACUUCAUAUGUACGCCCGGUCAAGUUCUGGGAAAGAGACUAUAACACAAAGCGGGUGGACCAUUCAAACACCAGGCUGGCUUCUCAACUCGACAGAAACCCAGGUUCAGAUGACAACAAUCUGAAUUCCAUCUUUUACGAACAUUUGACAAGAUCUCUGCAGCACAGUCUUUGUGGGGACCUGAUGUUGGGACGCUGGGGCAAUUUCAAUACUGGGGAUUGCUUCAUUCUUGCCUCCGACUACCUCAAUGCACUGGUUCAUCUCAUAGAAAUAGGAAAUGGCUUGGUCACCUACCAGCUACGGGGCCUGGAGUUCAGAGGCACGUACUGUCAACAGCGUGAGGUGGAAGCUAUCACAGAAGGAGUUGAGGAAGAUGAAGGAUUCUGCUGUUGUGAGCCAGGCCACAUCCCUCACAUAUUGUCGUUUAAUGCUGCUUUUGGUCAGCGCUGGCUUGCUUGGGAAGUCCUAGUCACCAAGUAUGUGCUGGAGGGCUACAGCAUCACUGACAACAGUGCUGCAUCCAUGCUGCAGGUGUUCGAUCUAAGAAAGAUUCUCACAACUUACUAUGUAAAGAGUAUUUUAUUCUAUGUAACGAGCUCUCCAAAGCUAGAGGAUUGGCUUGCAAAUGAAACUAUGCAGGAUGGACUUCGAGCAUGUACUAGCCAUAAUUAUGUCGAUGUCGAUCCCACCUUUAACCCGAACAUUGAUGAGGACUACGAUCAUAGAUUGGCUGGAGUAUCCAGGGAAAGUUUUUGUGGGGUUUAUCUCAACUGGAUCCAAUAUUGUGCUUCUCGAAGAGAAAAGCCUCUAUCUUCAGACAGAGACUCCACAUUGGUGACACUGUGCUAUGGGCUCAGUGUGCUUGGCAGAAGAGCUCUUGGAACAGCUUCCCAUCACAUGUCCAGUAAUCUAGAGUCCUUUCUAUACGGCCUUCAUGCACUAUUCAAGGGAGAUUUUCGAAUUUCCUCAGUACGAGAUGAGUGGAUAUUUGCUGAUAUGGAGUUGCUGCGGAAAGUAGUAGUUCCUGGAAUACGGAUGUCCCUUAAACUUCAUCAGGACCACUUUACUUCACCUGAUGAAUAUGAUGAUCCUGCAGUGUUGUUUGACGCCAUAACAUCCCAUGAGCAAAACUUGGUCAUAGCUCAUGAAGGAGAUCCAGCCUGGCGAAGUGCUGUGCUAUCCAACUCCCCCUCACUGUUGGCUUUGCGACAUGUUAUGGAUGACGGGACCAAUGAAUAUAAAAUCAUUAUGCUGAAUAAGCGAUAUCUCAGCUUCCGAGUCAUUAAGGUUAACAAGGAAUGCGUCCGGGGAUUGUGGGCUGGGCAACAGCAGGAGCUGGUAUUCCUGCGAAACCGCAAUCCUGAACGAGGAAGUAUCCAAAACGCAAAACAAGCCUUAAGGAAUAUGAUAAACUCUUCUUGUGACCAGCCAAUUGGUUACCCAAUUUAUGUUUCUCCACUCACAACAUCCUAUUCUGAUACGCAUGAACAGCUAAAAACUAUCCUGGGAGGACCCAUAAGUAUCACGAAUAUAAAGAAUUUUAUUGUGUCUACAUGGCACAGGUUACGCAAAGGAUGUGGUGCCGGUUGUAACAGUGGUGGAAAUAUUGAGGAUUCCGAUGCAGGUGGAGUCUCCAGUGCCAGUAAUAAUGUAACUACAAAUGAGUCCCAAAGUAGUACUUCCCAUGGAGGCUGUGGACCAGCUGGUUAUGGGCCUGGAGCAGGUCUCCAGCCUCCAGUCACAUCUAACCCACCUAUACUAGGCACCAGCCACAGCAGCCACUCAGUGCAAUCCAGCCUCGUCAGACAUUCCCCUGCCCGUGCCUCAGUUGCCAGCCAGUCUUCAUAUCGAUAUAACACCCGUCACUCUUCGUUACGGACAUCUGCCACCGGUCUGGUGCCAUGCCGCCGUUCGUCCACUAGCCAGCUGUCUUUGCGAAACUUGCCCAGCUCAAUCCAGUCCCGACUGUCCAUGGUGAAUCAGAUAGAACCGUCAAGUCAGACAGGCACUCUGAGCAUACAAUGCGGUCUGCCCUCUUCCAGCAGCUCCAGCCAGAGCAUUCCCAUCUGCAAACGCAACACACUGGCAGGACUUCUUGGAGCAGAAGGUGUCACCAGUGUAGACAUUCAACCAGGCAGCAACUCGAGCACAGCGUUUAAUACCCCUGCCAAGAAGGAUGAAGUUAACUACAAAGUCCAGAUAAUUGACACUGGCCAAGUCAUGGAAGCCAUCAACGUAUCCAAGAGGAGGGAGCUUCACUGGCCAGAUGAAGCCAUCCGAAUGAGAGCUGGUCGAAUCAGCUGGAAAGACUGGAGCCCUCAGGAGGGCAUGGAAGGCUAUGUGAUUCACCGUUGGGUGCCUUGUAGCAGAGAGCCAAGUAGCAGAUCCCAUAUAGACAAGACGAUCCUGCUGGUUCAGAUUGAAGACAAGUAUGUUCCCAUCAUUGAGUGUGGGGUCCUGGAACUUGGAGCUAAAGUUUGAAACACUUGCAGCAGUCGCUCAACUGCGGAAGAUAGAAACGGGAGUAAAUCUCUCUCUGCCAUCCUGUGGUCAGAAUGCAUUACUGCAACAGCUGGAGGCUGGAUUAGACGAUCCAGAAUGUAAACUCAUGCAGCAGGGAUGUUGCUUUUGUCAGAGCUAACUGACAGGAAGAAGGAAAACUGCACGGAGGCAGAACUCUGAUCUAAAAUUAUAUUUUGUUUUUUUUAAAAACCUAUAAGAAAUUCUAUGCAUUUCAUAUGCUUUAAAUAACAUUUUUCUUAAGUUGUUAAGUAGAUUUUGUUGAGUAUUUUGUCUGUUUAUUUAUUUGCCAAUACUGAGAAUGCCCUAGUUUCAUGCAGUGCACGUUUAAAAACUCUUUAAAAGAAAAUAUUGUUUUUGAAGUUAUUGAUAGGUUAGAAUUCUAUUGACCAUACAAAAGAACACUCAUGUCCAGUUUAAUCAUUUCACUACUGUCUCAUUCCUUCUGAGUUGUAACUGUGUUGAAGACAACUGCACUAAUUAACAACAAUGCACUAAAUAUUUCUGAGAUUGCUCAGAGCUUUUUAUUUAUACAAAUGCCAUUAUAUUUUAAAAUGCCUUUCGGGAUGAGGACGUUAAUCAUCAGCUCAUGUCAUGCUCCAGACUCGCCUUUACUCUCUUUAUUUUAACUUGGAAUUUAUUUUGUUUCAAUAGAACUUGUAUACAGUUGUAUAAUUUUUUUUUGAUAUUUAUUACUGUGAAUUUUUUUUGUUAUAACAGCUUUUGUUUCUGUACAUUCAGGGAAAAGAAAUUUUAAGAUAAAGUUAAAAGUGGGUUCAGCAUUACAUUUGCUGGACUGAAUUGCAACAUGACUGGAUACAGUUCACUGUUUCCUCACAGGUCGUGCAACUUAAACCCUUUCACUCAUGCAUCAAACAACCACCACCGCAAAGCAUAUAUCAAGGGGACGGGUGCUUAUGUGUAUGUAUACAGAAAACUUGUAAAUAACGUAGUUGAUGUUUAAAACAAAGAUGACAGAAGCCUAAGUAAAGAUUUUUUUUCGCAGUGUACUGCAUCUGAAACUAAAUACAGUAUUGAAAUUAUGAUCAAUAAAGCAAUUUUAUAAUAAA